AUGUCCGAACCUGGCCGCGUCCGGUUUGCAGAGGGCAUCGACACGGCAGCGCUAGACGCGCUACGGCACCGGCCACCGUCGCCUGAGAAUGGCGGCUGUCGCGCGGCAACGGGCGGUAGCGCAGCAGGCGCAGGCGAAAGCCCAGGCAGCGGCAUAGGUGCAUCAACCUCGGCGGGCGGCGUGCUUUCGGCCCUGCAAGUGUCGGCGUCACCAAAGCUCCAGCGGAUGCGGGCCUUGUCGGCCAAGCUGCACAGGUCGCUGGAGGUGCAGUCGGAGCGGUUCGGUGCGCUGGCCGCCGAGGGCUCGCACGACACCGGAGCGGUGGCGCCUGUGCUUGCGGCCGCGGCGCCGGACAUGAGCGAGACGUACAACCUCGGUGAGCUGCGCGAGCGAUAUGAGGUGCUUGCGCUGCGGGUCAAGGCGCUUGCGCAGGAGAACGCACGCCAGCGCCACGAGCAGCGCCGACGCGCCCAGACCUACGCUCGUAAGGAGGACCGGCUCCGCCAGCAGCUCGCCGACAAGGACGCCGAGCUGGCCAAGCUCAAGCUGCAUGCCGCGGAGGACACCCGCAUGGGGACUCUGCACGCGCUCAAUGCAAAGAUCCGCGACUCACUCACCGCCAUCCAGGAGCAGGCUGAAGUCGAGCGCGAUGAGCGCGAGCAGGAGCUUCUCACCGCUUUCAACGCCCGCAUCAUCAACGUCAACAUGGAGAUGGAUCGUCUCACGGACGCCUCGCAGUCGAAGAACGAGUGGAUGGAGAAGGCCCAGGCGCUCGGCCAGCAUCUCCAGUGGCUCACCACGCAGGCUGUGGCUCUCGACGCCGCUAACACCAAGCUCAAAGCCCGCAACGCCUCGCUCCGCACCUCCAACCUCUCACUCGUCGAGGAGCGCGACGAGCUCGCCCUGCGUGUUGUCCGCUUCAAAAAGCUCGCUGCUCAGGCCGAAUAUCAGGCUUCAUUUACCGGCGACGGCGCCGCUGCCCGCCCUGCCUCGGCGCCCAUCCGCCAGCGCAGGGUCUCCGGCGCCUCGCGGUCCUUGUCGCGCGCCGGUGCCUCGCCUUCGGCCUCGGACGAUCUUACUGCGCUCGAACUGGAAAAUGCUGGCCUCCGGACUCAGCUUGUUAUGGAGCAGGACCACGUUACUCGGCUCACCGACGCGUACGCAGCGCUUGCCUCGCUUCGCGACUCGGUCCUUUCCUUUGUGCACAACGCCAUCCAAGACCACGUCGUCAUUCGCUACGAUGGCUCGACCGUCCUCGACCGCCCGGCGCGCCUGGCUGCGACAGCGUCUCUCGCUGCUAACGAGACGCUGCUUCGCAACAUCCAGGCCAUCCUUGAGCAUCCGCCAGCGCAAGCACAGCCGCCGCACACAUCACUCGAAUCAGCGGCGGGUGCCUCGUCGGAGGCUCACCGACCGUCGUCGUCGUCCUCGUCGCGCCCAUCCACGCCGCUAGCUGCUGCCCCCAUCUCGGUAUCGCAUCCCCACCAAGACUAUUUUGCUGCUUUCCGCAAGGGGACAUGA